ACAAGGAAAGGAAGCGGGAAAACUGGUGAGAUCGAAACUUUUUUGAACUCUAUCUUCUACCUCUCUCACUUCCGCCACUAAUCUGCAAAUACUCAAGCCACUCUACUCACUUUUUCCAAAUAUUUUCUUACCAAUUUUCUUGGGAAACAAUCGAAACCCAAGCUUUCCCUUAUCUGAACCAAGAAUAAUAAAGAAAAGGAGAAAAUAGCCCCCAUUUUUUAAACCCCUAAAACUGAUAUAACUAGGGUUCCCAAAUGAGACUCCAGCACAAUGUGAUACGGCGUAAUUGGCUCUGCAGAAAAUGACUAACGGAAGAGAAGAAACAAGUGGGGCUGGCGGCAGCGGCUCCGGAGGGUACCACAGUGUUCAGGCGGAGCGUGACCUAGUAUCUAAUUGGGAAGUGGAUCUUGCCCAUAAACUCGAAGAUUAUCUGUUGAAGAUUUGCUCCGGCGAAAUACCCACCGAGUCUGAGGGUCAUAUUGCUGUUAAUUUCGCUGAAGCUGCUCUACUACUUCAGGGUUCAGUUCAGGUGUAUAGUCGAAAAGUUGAAUAUCUCUAUUCGUUAGUUUUACGUGCAUUGGAGUUCCUUUCUCAGAAAAGACAGCAAGAACAAUCAGAGGGGGUAUCGGUCCAGCCUCAAGAAAAAGAAGGCGCUCAGGAAGUUGGCGAUGAAGAAAAUGAUUUGUUUUGGGGCUUAGAUGACAUCCCAGUUGAAGCAAAAACUUGCUUAGAUGCUCAACAUGACAAUGAUUCUUCUUCAAAUCAUUUUGUUAAGCCUCCAGCAAAUUUAGUCGUAAUUGAAGGCGAUUGCUUGGAUAAUACUGGUGAUGGGGAAUUGGAAUCAUAUCUGCUGGCCACUAGUGAUCUUUACAGAGGCUUCAUUCUAUUAGAUCCUUGUGAUGCAGUGGCAGUGCAUGAGUAUUUGAAUGGUGAUAAAACUGGAAGGGGCCAGAAUAGUGCUUUUAAGGGAAGUUCUCUUCGCAAAAACUUCCUUUCUCCUACCAAGUGUUCUGGGGGAGCUUCACAUAAGUCAUCAGUUAGGAAGGGUCAGAAUGUUAAUACCAAUCGAUCUCCAUUGAUUGGUUGUAGCUUUGAGCUUAAUAACUCUAAUGGUGUGCCUGAUCCUCCUGCCCCCAGUAUAUUUAAUGAUGGGAAUGAUGGUUUUGAUAUGGAUGAUAGAUAUUCAGAACCUCGGGACUUUGAUGAUUCAGAAGAAGAAGAUGAUGAUCCUUGGAAGCCUUUGAAUCCCCAUGAAUCGGGCAACUUGAAAGUUAAACCUUUUAGAAAAGUUAAAGUUUUUAAAAGGAAUCGGGUUACUUCUACUAAGAUUGUGUCUAUAUCUACACUGUUUCCUCCUGCAAGAUUGCGAGGUACUAUUAGUCCAUAUCUCAAUAAUUUGUGGGAGAUGCAAAGUCAUGCCCGUAAAAGACAAAGGGAGUCUCAGUCCCCUCCAAUAUAUGAAAAGCUACGACAAUCUCUAAUCAAUGGAGGAGACCAAACUUUUGAUGCCUUUUUCAAUUCUGUGGAUGGCAAUGACGAAAAUGAAAACCACGCCGGAUUUCCUGAUUUUGGGGAACCUGAUGACAACAUGCCUGAUAAUGUAUUUAUGGAUGAAGAUGUACCUUUUCACAAUGAUAAGCAUGAUGGCGAUAACUUUGGUGCUGAUAAAGCUUUUGAACACGAGGAUGAAAAUCCUCAUGAAAGCUUAGAAGACCUCUGUCGCUCUCAUCUAGAUGCUCUCCUCGCUAGCAUAGCUGAAACUGAGAAGCAGAGUGAACUAGCAGCAAGGGUUACAACAUGGAAACAGAAAAUUGAACACAACCUCGAUGAGCAAGACUCACAUCCGGAAUUUGAUAUUCAUGUUUAUGGUCAAAGAAUUAUAGACAAGCUAUCUGUUGAAGUAGAGGAUAGCAAUGUUUUAUCAUUUGCAAAAGUUGUAGAAGGUCAAGAAAAAUAUGAUGUGGCUCGAAGCUUUUCUGCACUAUUACAAUUGGUGAAUAAUGGCGAUGUUGAAUUGGACAGGAGUGGGGUGAAAGGUGGUUCCGUUUGUCACACAGCAGCAAACUCUUUUCAUGUUCGACUCCUUAGGCAAGACAAGAAAAGAGACGAAACCCAGUUUCGCUUGUCAAGAAAGAGAGUCAAGUCUCCAAAAGUAAAACGUAGGAACGGAGAUAUUGAAAACCUUGGAAGAGAGAAAUCUUCUGUUGAUACUUCCAAAUUACAACCAAAUUGCAAAAUUUCUUUGCAAGUUGGAAAGAUUGGCAGUCUAAGGUGCACUCCUGAUGGAAAAAAGAGAAGGUCUCGGUUAGUUGAGCCAGUUGAUUUACAUUCCGCAGGAUGACACACGUGGUUGGCAGGUUAGUCCCACUGUUUUUACCAUAAAUGCAAUAUAUGGUAAAAUAAAAGCAGCUAGGAGUGACCUUAAAUAUUGUAGUUGUAGUUAUAACUAACAAGGGUAGCUUCGUUCAUGUACUAUAUUUAACAUCUUUACUCGAAUGCAAUCAUUAGUACUACCGCCAUUGCUUCAUUUGCCUUGGUUCUAGGCCCUUUAAUAAGACCAUUUAUUUUAUGUGAAGGAAAAAGAAACAAAUUUUCUUGUGUA